GAAUGAAAGUGUAUAGGUGAUGAGAUGACUGGAGAGUGAGGAAGCACUGGCAGAGUGAUUCAUGCUGAACUUUGAACUUUUCAUUAGCUCUUAAAAGCCCCCACAGCAUGGAGCUGUGUCCUCCUCCUUCACAUUUAGAGGAAGAGUUUAAGGCUCUCUUCACCACAGAGUGCCUCCUUUUCCUCCAUGAGCUGAUCUCCACAUUUGACGAGGAGGUGGAUCAGGUUCUGCGGUUAAGAGUUUCCAGAAAGGCUCACCUGGACCUUUCGGGUGGCCUACCAAACUUUCUAGAAACAACAUCACACAUCAGGAGGGACCCAGAGUGGAGGGUGCUGCCCGUCCCCCCGAGACUCCAGAGGAGACAUGUGGAUAUUGGAGAUCUGGCUCCCUGCGAUACUCAGCGCUUCAUUAAAGCUCUCCUGUCUCCAGCACAGGGCAUACAGGUUGACUUUGAUGAUGGAAACUGUCCGACAUACUUCAAUCAGAUAAAAGGCAUUCAUAAUGUUUUAAAGGCCGUUGACAACCAGUUCCCUGAUGUUCCACAUAUAUCUCAGGCUCCGGUGCUGAUGCUCCGACCCCGCGCCUGGAACAUGGUGGAGCACAAUAUGAUGGUGAAGGGAAAAGAGGUCCCUGGUCCUCUCUUUGACUUUGGACUCCUCAUGUUUCAUUGUGGAAAGACAUUAUAUGAAAACAAGAGUGGACCCUUUUUCUACCUCUCCAAAGUGGAGAGCUUCAUGGAGGCCCGACUGUGGAACAAGAUAUUUGUCUGGACACAAGAGAAGCUGGGCCUUCCUCUAGGCUGCAUCAAGGCAACAGUGCUGAUAGAAAACGUCUUAGCAGCAUUCGAGAUGGAGGAAAUUCUCUUUGAACUUCGAGAUCACUCAGCUGGACUGAACUGUGGAAUCUGGGAUUAUUCAGCCUCCUUCGUCAACAAGUUUGGUCAUCGUCACAACUUCCUGCUCCCUGACCGUAGUAAAUAUGUCAACAUGGAGAAGCGCUUUCUGCGUAGCUACAUGGACCUGUUAGUUCAAACUUGUCAUCGUAGAGGAGCACUGGCUACAGGAGGCAUGGCUGCCAUGCUUCUGCCUCAGGACCCACUCAGCAACUCUUACCAGAGAGUCUUAGCCACCGUCACCAGACUGAAGUUGCUAGAGAUCAAGGCUGGAGUGGACGGUUUCAUGGUGUAUGACCUGAGUUUGAUUGAGCCCAUGCAGAAACUCUUCCAGCUCCACACUAAAGGGGAUAACCAGCUUCACCAGCUUCGAAAUGAUGUCUCUGUGACUCCUGACGAUCUCCUGACCAUGCCCUCGGGAGGAGUCACCCUCUAUGGAUUAAAGUACAACAUUGGAGUUGGCAUCCUCUUUAUCAAUGCAUGGCUGUCAGGUAAUGGACAUUUUUUCCACAGAGGCCAGGUGGAAGAUUCAGCCACAGCAGAGAUCUCCAGAUCACAGGUGUGGCAGUGGAUCCGUCAUCAGACAAGGCUGGAGGACGACCCCAGGGUGGUGAACAGGCAGCUGGUGACUGACCUCGUGCUCGAGGUUUUAAUGGAGCUCAGAGAGAUGGAUCCCUCUGAUAGGUCAAAACAAAGACUAAACACAGCAGCAGACAUGUUCCUGGAGGUUGUCCUAAAGAGAGACUUCCCAGAAUUCAUCACCUCCUACUUGAAUCAGGACCACACUUUUCUCAGCUCUCAAGACUGCAGACUUGUGGAGGCUGUGGACACAGAUGUUCCCCGACACAAACUAUGAAAAUACUCAGCUCUGAGAUCUCCACAUUAUUACAGAGAGCACAUUAAUAAAUGAUAGUGAUAUCCUGAGUAGUCAUGCAUUCAUACAUACAUCCACUGAGUGGUGCUGUGGGAGUGUCUAACUUCAUGUAAGUCAAGCAGAAUUUCACAAUGAAAGCUCCCAGGGCAGAUACAGACAUUGUGGCUGGUUAUUUGAUAACAUUUCUAAAGUAAGGCAGGUUGUAUGAUCUUGUUCAGGUUGUUUGUGAUCCAUCUUAGGAUUUGUUUAUACUACUGUGUCGAGUCUAUGACAUCCCUUAAACCUAAAACUUAUCAUGCAAUAAAAAACAUCAGAUUCCAGUGCAAA